ACACGCGUAAGAGAGGGGGAGAGAGGACUUGGCAGACAGACAGAGCAGUGUGCAGAGAAGUUAGGGGGUUUUAAAGUGCAACCCGACGGUGCAGUUUGCCCAUUCACACCAUGCAGGCUCAUCUUCAUCAACUAAAACAACUUUAAAUCUAUAUUUUGGUUUCAGGUGACACGUGCGUGGACCUGUUGGCUGGACCACUUUUGGAUAAACUUGCGCAAACUUUGCAAAACACAGGAGGAAGUGAAAGAGAAUGAGGCGUGGAGAGCGCAGUGUUACCGGCAGUGAGAGAGGGUGACCCUGCGUAAACUCCAAAUGACCACCUCUCUAUUGCUCUCUCUCCAACACACGUGAAACAGCAGCAGCAGCAACAGCAGCGCUUCCAUGUCCAGGGCUCAGGCCAGCAUGACUCUGUCCGGCGGUCUGUCGGAUACUUGUCAGCUCGUUUUACUCGACCGCAUGGAGCCGGAGCUGUGGAUGUAGAAGGAGAGAAUAGUUGCUGCAACACGUUGUGAAGCGAACACAAGCCACCGUGCACGCUUUGGAGAGAGCUACGAUGCGGGGCACUCUGGGCGCAUUCAUUCAGUCCUGUGUGAUACUGCUUGUCCGGGCAGACCACUGGAGGUUGAAGGACUCCGCCAACUGCGAGCUGAACAAGAAACAAACUGACCUAAAUUCCUUCCUGUGGACGAUCAAACGGGACCCUCCUUCAUAUUUCUAUGGUACAAUCCAUGUUCCCUACACACGCGUUUGGGACUUCAUCCCUGAAAAUUCCAAGCAGGCCUUCCAAGAGAGCAACAUUGUCUUCUUUGAGCUAGACCUGACAGACCCUUACACAAUCUCAGCCCUGACCAGCUGCCAGCUGCUCCCUCAGGGCGAGAACCUGCAGGAUGUCCUGCCCAGAGACAUCUAUCGGAGACUCAAGAGACACCUUGAGUAUGUAAAACUCAUGAUGCCUUCAUGGAUGACCCCAGAUCAGAGAGGGAAGGGACUGUAUGCGGACUACCUCUUCAACGCCAUCGCUGGGAACUGGGAGCGGAAGCGUCCUGUUUGGGUGAUGCUGAUGGUGAAUUCGUUAACGGAGGCAGAUAUUAAGACACGAGGGGUGCCCGUGCUGGAUUUGUACCUGGCCCAGGAGGCGGAGCGGAUGAGGAAAAGGACUGGGGCAGUCGAGAAGGUGGAGGAACAGUGCCAUCCGCUCAAUGGGCUCAACUUCUCCCAGGUGAUCUUUGCCCUGAACCAGACGUUAUUACAGCAGGAGUCUUUGAGGGCCGGAAGCCUACAGGUCCCGUACACCACCGAAGACCUCAUCAGACACUACAACUGUGGAGAUCUUAACUCCAUCAUCUUCAAUCACGACACCUCACAGGUCCCUAACUUCAAUAAUGUGACACUGCCACCCAGCGAGCAGGUGACCGCCCAAGAAAUAGACAGCUACUUUCGACAGGAACUCAUCUACAAGAGGAAUGAAAGGAUGGGGAAGAGGGUCAAGGCACUGCUAGAGGAACACCCUGACAAGAGCUUCUUCUUCGCAUUUGGAGCAGGUCACUUUCUCGGCAACAAUACAGUCAUUGAUGUGCUUCGUCGCCAGGGAUACGAGGUGGAGCACACCCCCGCUGGGCAGCCCGUAAACAGGAGAGCUUCAUCGCCAGAGUCAGAAGACCACUACGAUGAGUCCCCUCUUCUGGAGCCUUUCUUCCACGAGCUUCCCAACAAGGAGGACGAUCAGGGGCGUCCCCUGGAGGACGAUCUGUUACCCCACAUGCUGCUGCCAGCGGAUAGCUUGGAGCUGCUUGAGAAAGCAGAGCGGAAAAUGCUGAAGAAAAAGAGGAGGAACAAGCAGAAGAAACAGCGUCACCGACAUUUUAACGACCUUUGGGUUCGCAUCGAGGAGAGCCCUAUGGUCCAGUCUCCGCCUCCCCCGCUGGUUCACAUCAUCAAUGGGUACAUCACAGAGAAGCCAUCACAUAGAGCCCACAGCCACAACCACCAUCACAUAUCUCAGCAUCGCGCGCCUCCUCACCGUCGCCAUCUUUACUUGUAUUCCUCUGUACAUUGCUUACAAUGAUCCCACAGACCUGGACUGCGAUCCUCUAGUAGAGCGUUGGAUGGAACGCGGUUAAAACACUCAGCCUUCAUGAGAAUACACUUUCUCAUGUGUCGGCUCAUGUAUCGGUCAGUCUGAACCUGCAGCAUAUGACCUACAGGAGGCGGCAUAAGAGCUCUGGGAUUCAGAAAAAAUAAAUAAAAAGAAAGCAUGGAGAAAAGACAUGAAAUCAACUCUAGCUGUCAGGUAACAGUACACUCCAUGGAUGUUAGGUUAGAUAAAGUUUGUGUUGAAAGGUAAAACAUGUCACUAAAGCAUGUCUCAGGCCUUGAUGAGCUUGUAAGUUCAUAUAACGUCAUGCUUUUUAUUGGAUUAUUGGAUAUUUACACACUCAGCAGGAGUGAGUACACAGGAGAGAAAAGUCAAAGCUCACAGACGUGAAGCGUUGUUGGACGUUCACCGCCAUGGCAACAUGUCAGUUCCCGUAAUGUUCGUUAUUCAAAGAUCAAAACCUUGCAGAAUAUGAGAUAUCACUGGCGACUGACCGACUGUUCUGUGAAUAAACAGGAGAACCAUCCUGAAACUAUUGCUGAAUAUCACAUAUCUUCAAUAAUUACAACUGGAACCAUAUGUGUGUGUGUGUGUGUGUGUGUGUGUGUGUGUGUGUGUGUUUGUGUGUGUGCUUUAUGAGUGUGAAUGAGAGAGUGUGUGUCAGACAAGCAAAGUCUAUCAGCUCUUAAACCCCCCCUGGCCUUACAAACAGAGGUUUUCCUUUCCAGAUGUUGAUUUACUCUUCCAUUUUAGAAGAAUGUGUAUAAUGUUGCAUACACGUGGGGAGGGGGAUUGUACAUAUUGUUUCUAAAUAUUAUAGAUGUAUUUUAGAAUUAUAAAAAAAAAAAGAAAAUUAUCAGAAGUGUUGUUGUUGUUUAUAUAAAUAUAUAAAUAGAUAUGCAGUAUAUUUUUGAAAAGAGAAUCAGGAACUAACCACCAUAGCCCGUGUCAUGUGUCUCACUGAAAUGACAUUUUUGAAAGGGACAGAUGAUUGUACUUUAUGUAUCGGUGUUACAUCUUACUUUGCUGUAUGUGUCUGCUGAAAGGAUUUACGUUAUGUGUGUGUUUUAUUCACCUAGGGAUCAUUUGUUUAAUUUAUUUAGUAUUCAUUUAGACCAUACGAAACAUUCCCAGUGUUGUUGUUGUUUCAUUUUUCCUGCAACAUCAAUUUUAAAUGUGUUAUUUUAAAUGUUUUCCAGCAUGAUUUCGAAUGCAUAUGACGGUAGUGAUAAUAAUUCUGGUUUUAAAUACAUGAACCUGUGUACACAGAUAGACGACAUACAGCAAAGUGAUUUAGGCCUUUCACAUUUUUCUUACGGCAUGAGAUGAUUGUAAUAGUAUUACCAUGACAACAAUAAAAUAUUUAUCUAGAUUGAAA